CUCUACUCCCUCCCUCUUUGACACACACACACACACACACACAAACUCUCUCUCUCUUUAUGUCUGUCUUUCUUUCUUUCUCUCAGUCAGUAAUAAUGGAGCCCAGCAGUCCGAAGAAGAUCCAGUUUGCUGUGCCUCCACUGCAGGGACAGCUGGACCCACAGGCCGCCGAACAUAUCCGUCGCAGAAGACCAACUCCUGCCACUCUGCAGAUCUACAGACAACCUGGCACAGAUGUUGGAGAUCAACACGACGCCAGCGGAGACUCACAGGCUUCAGAUGCCGCUCAGAGGAAGCAGAGCACCUACACCUCGCCCACCAUGAAAGAGCUUCAGCUGGGGGUGGAGCAACACCUUCUUGGGGCGGGGCUCUGUGACGGCCAGCUGAGCCCAAUCACAGCACAGCUCUAUGCCACCGCCUCCCUGUGGGGCAAUCACAAUGGGCCAGAGGAAGCCAAUGGGAAUGAGGCGAGUCUGCUGUUAGCCAAUCAGGAGAGAGGAGUGGCAGAGAGCAACAGUUCAGGGGAUUUGUCAUGUGACCACAAAAAGGAAGCGUCCAGUCCCGACUCCGUCUCCCGAUAGCCACCUUCGCUCACUUUCAUCUCUUUGUCUCUCAAUAACCAACUUUUCCUUCUCUUGCUCACUGCUGUUCAUCUGAUCCCAUUAACAAACUGCUUCACUCUUGUGCUACACAUAAAUACCACGUGUUUUGAUUUGGCAACAGCUCUUUCACGCACACAUAAAGACACAUGCACAUAGAGAUUUUAGUUAAAUGUACUAAAUCAGUCUAAAUUUAAAUUAAUGUAGGUGUCGAGGUUUUGCUUGUGAAUAAAGAUGUAUUAUAUUGAAACAUUU